GACUGAGGUUGUGUAAUGUGUUCAGAGUGAGAGUAAGAGUGGCAGUGUGAUGGCGUCGUGGUGUGCUGCGAGGUGCUUUCAAAUUCCGGCGAUGGACGGCGGUGCAAUGUGCAACCGGGCUUCAUUGGCCGCCGGAGUAGGGUUUUUAUCGGUGGCCGGCACCUCUUUGUGGCGUUCCUCUUCAUCAUCGAAGCGCGCUUUGCCAUUCACUUGCUUGAGCAUUUCUUCUGAUGCCCAUAUUAAGGAAGCUGUUCAAACAGAAAGAGCCCCUGCGGCUUUGGGGCCAUAUUCUCAAGCAAUCAAAGCCAACAACGCUCUUUAUCUGUCAGGUGUUCUUGGCCUUGUUCCCGAGACGGGGAAGUUCAUCUCUGAUAAUGUUGAAGAUCAAACAGAACAGCUUCUAAAAAAUAUUGGGGAAAUCCUUAAAGCUGGUGGUGCCAGCUACUCAUCAGUUGUUAAGACAACAAUUCUAUUGGCUGACAUGAAGGACUUCAAGAAAGUCAAUGAGAUCUAUGCCAAAUACUUCGCUUCACCUUUCCCAGCUCGUUCAACUUAUCAAGUAGCUGCCUUACCAUUGGAUGCCAAGAUUGAAAUCGAGUGCAUUGCGGCACUGUAAGCAUACAUCAGAAAAGCCAGGUUAAUAAUGCAGGAGGGAACAUGUCUUAGUAUUGGAGUUUUACUUUGGCUUGUUCACUUGGAUGCUGUUGAUCUUGUCAUUGCAUUUACUCUAUUCCUCGGACACUCAAUAUUAUAUGCCCUUUAAAAGUGAAAGAAACUUGGUCAUUGAAAAUGUUCUUGGGUGUAGCUUUUGUAAUAUUGUCGCAUAAGAAGAAUUAUGGGUGAAGUCAACUCUGCUUGUUUUAAAUUAAAUCAGUUUUUUUUUUUGGUAAAUAAAUUAAAUCAGUUUAAGUGGGAGAUGUUUUUCAU